AGCCACUUCCUUGGAGCAGGCUACCAUGACCAGCCAGACUCAGGGGAUCCAUCAGCUCCUUCAGGCAGAAAAACGGGCCAAGGACAAGCUAGAGGAAGCCAAGAGGAGAAAAGGAAAGCGAUUGAAGCAAGCCAAGGAGGAAGCAAUGGUAGAAAUUGACCAGUACAGAAUGCAGAGAGAUAAGGAGUUUCGACUAAAACAAUCUAACAUAAUGGGCUCUCAGAGUAAUCUCUCAGAUGAAAUAGAAGAACAAACACUAAGGAAGAUACAAGAACUUAAUGGACACUAUAAUAAGUGUAUGGAAUGUGUGAUGAAACAGCUCUUGAGCAUGGUCUGUGACAUGAAACCAGAAAUCCAUGUGAACUACAGAGCCACCAAGUAAAUGUACAUCAUAUUUUUUGAGGAAAAAGAAAAGGUGUAUGAGUGCCACCUAGUUGCUUAUGGCUUCAUGUUUUUAUAUUGAGAAAUUUGAAAUGUAAAUCUUAAAUUUACAUUUACAGAAAAUGUGACAUAACUCAUACUUUGGCAUUGCAUUAAACAAAAC